GGAUGCGUACGCGGUCGCUCCAACAAAAAGCUCGGCGGACUGCGUUGACUUCGUACGACAAAAUCUUGUCUGUCAGGCAGAAGGUCAUGAAUCGAUUUGUGGAAGAUUUGCAAAGCUUCCGACCUCCGAAACACCACGACGACUCCCCCAGCUCAUCCUUCCUCACCCGACCUGCAUUGCUGCAGGAUUCGCAAUGCCAUCUACAUGAUCUCUUGGAGGGUGUGUAGAUCAUCUUAUAAGCAUUUGACUCGUCGAAUCGAAAUGUGUUCGAGCUAGUAGGUGCUGACGGUAUGAGCUGGCGCAAUGUCGUCCAUUUGGUACUACUGAUAUGGCGAAAAACGGCUUGGCUAAGGAUGGUACGCGCGGCCAAGAAUUGUACACGCGCCCAAUAAUAUCAAGCUAUUUCCUAUCUCUGAAGCAUUUGGAGUCUCCUCGUUCACAGUUUUUUGAGACUCGAACGAAACAUAUCAUCGAGGUGCAGUUCUGUCGAAAUGCCGCGCCCUCGUGAUUUGGUCCCUUUCCUGCUCCCCUGGCUGGCUGCUGCAGGACCUCUACCGGAAACCGCUAAUCUAAUACCGACAACUGAUGCAACCACACAUGCAAACCAUAUCUUCAAUGCCCUGCAUAGCUCUAUGCGCCAAUUUGGCUCUUCCUUGAACCACAAUGGCAUGUCCCUCUUCAUCGCUACAGUCCCAGAAGGUACUGAAUUCUAUCAUGGAACAUCACAGAAGGACCGCAUCAAUGGCACUCAAUGGCUUGCCUUCGAACCCGAACACGCCUUGCUCUUUGCUCGAGGACAUCGUGGGCCCCCACCUGGACAUGGUCCUCCUGGCGAUGGUCAUGCACCUCCUGAUUUUGAACACGAAAAGCCCAAGGGACCAUACUUUCCCGAUGAAGGAAUAGAUCAAUCAAACCCCACGGAGAACAAAGACCACGACAAGUACAAAUCGCCAAAAGAUGGAUCAAAGCAUCACGACGGCAAGGAUCGCAAGGGUCGCCCUGGAAAACAUCACAGCGACAAGGGGUGCCAUGGCCCUUCACGUAACGAGUCUCGUCCAGAUGCUCCGCAUCACCCUCCUCCGCCACCUCACCAUGGGCCCCCUCCGCAUCACCAUGAUGGUCCGCCUUCUCCGCCGCACCGUUGUCCUCCUGGAGAAGGCCAUCUGCCUUGCGAACCAAGUGAAGGUCAUCGCGGUCCUCCUCAUAGGGGUCCUCCAUCCAAGCAUCACGGAUAUCCGCCUGCGUGGUUCGGACAUCACGAUGACCAUGAGCAUCAUGAGCAUCACGAUGAUCACGAGCACCAUGGUGAUCAUGGUGACGACGAGCAUCAUGAACACCACGGACCACCACCUCACAUGUUCUUCGAUGAGCUGAACGAGCACCACCACGAUGACGAAAAACACCGUAGUGUGUUCUCAUUGCCGCCGAUUGGAUUCUGGGCACAUCGCUUGGGCGACUUGUUGCGUAAUCCCAAGAAACGUCAUACACCUCCUCCUGCUCGUCCAACCACUUCAGUGAUUCCAUCUUCGCCCGAAUCGAUCGAGACGAGGGCGGAGCAAGAGCCUCUGGUCUCGGACGAUCCUAAGCCUAAGGAAGACAAUUCUGGCUAUCUGCAUACUUACCGUACGAAGCACAAUUUGCGCUUGCUCUACGUGGAUGGCCAAUCUGCUGCCAAAUCUAAGAAGGGAACUCUCGAUACACAGGAUGUCUUGCUUCUCGAUGACAGCAUCGACCACGGCUCAGGAAUGUUCGGCGAGAUGGAGCGCGCCAAACAGAUGUGCAAGAUGGCUCACGAGCAAUGGAACGAUCGUAUCGACGGUGUUCUGCGCAUGGAAGGCGGAUUCGAAAUUAUCCUGUGUGAUUUCGCCGCUCAUCUCAACGUCGUCAAUAUCGUCAAGACCAACCCUGAGUCUCGUGGAGGUGGUCUUGGUGGUGGCGCCGAUAAUGGCGAUGGAUUCAGCUACUACCGUGCUGUUGCCGCUCGUUAUCAUGGUAUCGGUGGUGGCCGCGUGGAGCUCGAUUACGAAAAUUUCGUCUCUGCCUUUGCGUACCCUGAGGCCAUCUACUUCGAUGACACCGGUCGCCCUCGUCUUAACAACGCAUCCGGCGCUAUCGACGACGUUCGCCGAGCUGUUGACAAGAUGGUCUUGCGCAAAAACGACGACUUUGAGACGGUCAACUGGCAGGUAGUUGCUGAUAUGGUCGUUGCACGUUACUCCGACCGUAUCGAAUACCUUGCUUCAGGCUCGCUCAGCACUCUUUCAUCUCUACAAGCAGAGGUUGGACGUGCGAUCCGCCCUUUCAUCGACUACAGUGCCCGCAACAGCAGCGCUGAAAUCGAUCGCUGUGCGUCGCAAUUCGUUCCUGGCACGCAAGCUCUCACCUCCACCAGUGUGGCCUCCCAGGCGAUCCGCGAGGUAACCAAUACUCUCUGCUCCAGCCUGGUAUCAGCCUUCGCACAAACAGAUCACGCUGCCAUGCUCGAUCAGAUCAAAGAACUCAAAGAGUACUUGGCUUGGACAACUUGGAAGCAAUGUCGUGGCUGCGCUGCCGAUGAGGUCUGCUUCCUGCCAAUCUGGCCCACCGGCACAGCCGAGGACUUUGUACAGCCCAAGUGCAGGUCCAACGUCAAGAUGGGCCCUGGACAUGGCAGUGAGAAUCGCUACUGGAAUGACUUUGGACGACCUAUGUCCAAGAAGUUCAAGUCCCUGGAAGCGUAAGAGGAGCAUCUUUGGGUGUGUGAUGUUAUCUUUCCCUUGAUUAGUUUUUCUUUCUGUCGUUUUUGGUGUUUCGUUCGUUUCUAAAUACCCCCUUAUAGUGCAUACUUAAUUGUUUCCUUUGUCGACUCUCUUGUUCUGAACCCUUUGGAUUGGAUGAUACCAUUACAUAACAUUGCUU